GUUUCCAGGUCAUCAUUUCAUCGCCAUUUUGCUGAUGAGAAUCAGAAAACUGAAGAGGCUCCAGGCAUAGGACAUUCAAAGUAAAGAUGUGGGACCAGGGAGGACAGCCCUGGCCACAGUGGCCUCUGGGGUCACAACAGCAGUGGAUGCAGUCUUUUCAACAUCAGCAAGAUCCAGGUCAAGUGGACUGGGCUGCUUUAGCACAAGCAUGGAUUGCACAGAAAGAAUCCACUGGAGACCAGCCCAAUGGCCAGGAAAUGCAAAAUAUGGAGCCUGCACCCCAUAAUAACCAUGGUGCCUUUUCGGGCGAACAGAAUUUUGGCAGAGGAUGGCAACCAGAGUGGGGGAUGCACGGCCAGCCUCCCCCUCCCCCUCCUCCUCAAGAGCAAGCAUGGAUUCCUCCUGGGCAAGGACCAAUGGAUGUGGUCCACCCAUCAGAGGACAGUAACAGUCAGGAUAGUUUGGAAUUUCCUGGAGACCCACGCCAUGGGGGCUUUCCUCAAAACAGUCAUGGCUUUGGAGGCCAGCCUGAACCUUAUCCUAUUGGCCCAGUAACUGUCAACCAGUUUGAUUAUCAGCAUGGAGCAGUGCCUACAGGGAAUGCAUAUGGACCUCCCUCCUCUGGAUUUCACACACCUUACUGGCCCGAUGGCCCUCAAAACAGAAGAGACCGUCUCCCUAGCUUCAGACCAGAACGUCCCAGAUCUCCCAACCAGUUGGGAAUUAAACCAGAGGCACCUUCUCUUGAUGCUGUUAAAAGAAGGACCUUGCCUGCAUGGAUUCGAGAAGGCCUUGAAAAGAUGGACCGUGAUAAGCAGAGAAAGUUGGAGAGGGAGAGGAUGGAGAAAGAGCGAGCUGAAAUUGCAAAUGAUGAAUUGGAUAGCGAAAUAGUAGAGGAGGAAGUUGAUGGGCCUCGGUUGCCACGCAAGAGCAAAUUUGACAGUGAUGAUGAGGAUGGUGAAGAAGAUGGUGCUGGAGAAGAUGGAUUAUUAGGGAGGAGACAGGAGUUUGGUGGAGGUUCUCCUCCUGUUCAAGAGGAUCAUAGUGAACCAGAAAUGACAGAAGAGGAGAAAGAAUUUCAGCUGAUGCUGAUGACUAAAACCCUUCUCACUGAAGUUCUCCUUGAGGUCACAAAUGAGGAAAUCCUCCUAGUGGCCAAAGAGACCCAUCGCAAAGCAACUAAAGCUCCUGCAAAACAGCUGGCACAGUCAAGUGCACUGGCUUCUCUGACCGGCCUCGGCGGGCUGGGAGAUUACGGCUCAGACGAGAGUGAGGAUGAGGAGCGGAGUGCGAAGGGGUCGGACUCAUCAGACACAGACGAUGAGGAGCUCCUGCACCGAAUUCGGCAGAAGCAGGACGCCUUCCGUCGCAAAGACAGGGAGCUGCAGCAUCUACAGGAGAGGCUGGCACUGGAGGGACAGGCUGUGAAAGAAGAUGUGACAUCAGACAGAGUGAGCAGAGAAAGGGCAAGUUAUGAGGAGGAACAGUCAGAUUCCAAACACAAACAGGAAGUUAGGGAAAAGGAAGCGGAGCCUACAGUAGAGCGACGCAGGUCACGUAGUGAGCCAGAGGUCAGUGAGGUCAAGCGGGCAGCUCCGAGCAAAGAGCAUACAGGGCGUAACGGAAGUGCCAGCCCCUCACCAAGUGAGCGACGUAGUCAAAGCUCGAGUUCCAGCUCUUCCAGCAGCCGGUCCACUUCAUCCUCAUCUUCCUCAGCCUCCUCUCGCAGCUCCUCCCGCUCUUCCUCACCUCGAAGGAAGAGGCUACGCAGCCGCUCUGCCUCCCAUGGGACUCGUAGGCGCAGCCGAAGUCGCAGCUCUCGCAGACGUCAUUCGGAGCGCGACAAGGGCAAAGACAGAAGGCGGAGCAGCCGUGACCGCAGUGCAGAUCGUUCCUCUCGUCACAGGAAGCGUAGCUCCUCACGGCAGCGCAGAUCCAGCAGGGGCCACAGGAGCAGGUCCAAGGAUCGGCCCAAAGCUAGCCGCAGUUGCAGCAGAGAGAGGCGCCGCAGCAGGGAACGCAGGCGCAGCCGGAGUCGCAGUACGAGCCGCAACAGGCGGAAACAAAAAGCCCCCAGCAAGGACAGAAACAGGAGGAAAGAGAGGAGCCGGAGCCACGAAAAGGAUAAGAAGAAGAAAGAGAGAGAAUUAGAUAAAAAGAAAGACAAACAGAAGGGCAAGGAGAAAGAGGGGGAGGUAAGAGAGGAGGACAGUGGCAAAUCAAAGAGAAGAAAGGAGAGUGCGAACACAGAUUCUCAUUUCUCACGGCAAGACAGCAAAUCUAGCAAGAAAGGCUCUGCCAAAUCUAGCAAGAAAUACUCGGACUCCGAUUCCAGCAGGAGUAGGUCCCCUUCCCCUGAGGUUAGCAAAGAAAAAAAGUCUAAAAAAUCUAAACGUAGUCGAUCAAGGUCAACAGAAAGAUCACACAAGUCUGGUAAGAAGGCAAGCCGCAAACACAAGUCUAAGUCGCGAUCAAGGUCCACAUCUCCGAGUCGCCGCAAGCGCUGAGGGGCAUUCAGCCUCUGAUUUGUGCACUUCUUUUAAAAUUCCAUGAGUUAACAAGCUUGUCUCAUUAUCGAGGCAACGUUGUAGGUGAACUCUCGACUUCACACCCCCAUUUUGUAAAUACAUGGUAUUUUUAAAUGUUGUCUUCAAAACAGGAGAUUUGGAAUUAGUUUUUGCCUUGUAUUAUGCAAAACUAAGCAUUCAAGUAGUCAAUAGAAUCUUGAAACUGUAACAUUUUAAAGCCCAACACAUGAGGAAAUAAAAUCUCGUUUAAUGUAAAUUGUCCAAUAAAACAAUGAUUCUUUCU